UGUACAUGUACAAAGUAAAAAUAAACUAUUGUUAAAAAAAAAUUGAAUAUUUCGACCAGACACUCAUGCGGACACAUAUGGCAAGGUUCUGACAGGUGACAGUUGUUUAACCUAAUUUUUUUCAAACAAGACGAUGAGCGACUCUUCGGACACUUCAUGGUCCCGUUUUGCCAAAUAUUACGACCCGAUAAAAAUUGGUUCCAUCGACGGCACCGACACGGAGCCCCACGACAAAGGCAUCGUCCGAGCCCUAAAUUCCGAAUACCACCCCAACCGCCACGUUAAAGGCCGUCCCGAGUGCACAAUUUUCGUCAGCCGUCUUAGUCUCAAAACCACAAAAGACACAAUUAAGGACAUUUUUUCCAAAUAUGGCCCUUUGCGCCGAUUUCGUUUAGUUAAAGACAUAGUCACAGGGAUGCCCAAAGGCUACGCUUUCAUCGAAUACGAAAAUGAGCUCGACGCUGAGGAAGCGUAUUGUAAAGCGAAUAAAAUGAAUAUUGAUGGAAACAUAAUUUUCGUAGAUUUUGAAUGUGAGAGGUUAUUAAAGGGGUGGCGACCGAGACGACUUGGAGGCGGCUUUGGUGGGAAAAAGGAGUCCGGACAGUUGCGGUUCGGUGGCCGUGAUCGACCCUUCAAAAAACCCAUCAGUUUGGAGAUAAAAGAGAGGCGGGAAAGGAGUAGGAGAGACAGGAGUGAAAGUAGACGUGAUCGUAAAUAAUGUUUUAUAUUGAAAAGUGUUUAAACAUACAUAUUUUAACAAAAAAAAAAUAAUAAUAAACUAAAAAACUCUU